GCAUGAACUACAACCCUGGCUCUGGUCCAUACCACCAAUAUCCUCACCAAAACUCUCAGAACUCCACUCCUUAUCCCCCGCAUCAGACUAUGCCAACGGCACAACAUGAAGGGUCAAUGCCGCCGUCCGCGCAUCACCCUCAGAUACAAUCCCAGCCCGCAGAACUACCAUGAUCGCCAGCGGAGGAUUCAUCAUGGCUUAUGAUUCAACGAUCGAAUUGGUCGACGCGGCACUUUUGGCCCCCGCGCGAAGGAUCAGCUUCACGGGGCGCUUGUUGGGCUGGCUCCACUGGAAAGUGGGCCGGGGCGCGGGUGGCCGGCAUGAAGCCCUUCAACCCUGACCGACCCUCGCCCCGGCCGCUGACAAGCCUCGACGUGGUUUCCCAUUCGGAACCAGGACCUCAAUGGCACUGUACUAGCCAGAGAUCACUGCCACUACUGGCUAUGACUG